CAUUUAACAUAUUUGAAAAAAAUAUGGUCUUAAAUUACUAAACUAAGAUCUCUUUAUCCUGGCUAAGGAUUGUUGGAAAGUAAAACCCAAGUCUCUUUCCAAGCUGCAAUAAUCCCCUUUUUAAGACUAAAUCUGUAGGAAGUGAUUGGCAGUCAACGAGAGAAGCUUCCAAGGAGAGACCUAUGAACAAACUUACAAUAAUGUCUUCAAUCAUACAGAUAAGAGACGAGGGUAGAAAAAGAUAACUCAUCAACCUUAAGACAUUUGCGGAACAAUUAGAAUCAUUAAACCACAAACUUCCCCAUCUCAAAGAUAACGUGGACCCAGAAUUACUUAAGCUUACCUCAAUCAAGUGCGUGAUAAUAUACAUCAACUAGUUCCAAUCAUACAGCUCCAAGAAAGCUUGACUAUAAUUCAGAAUCACCUGGCGUUAUUUCAUCGCACCAGCAUAAGUGGAUUUUGGCCAAGAGGAAAAUAGCCAGUUACUCAUAUUUCUAUAUAAUUCCUCCUUCAUGAAGCCUCAGAUCUCCACUGAUUUGUCUUGCUGAUGCAUUAUUCCCAUGGCAAAACAGACAUGCUGCAGGCCAUGCAGAAAGAUGCACUUCACUUAGCUUCAAAGGCUCUUGACAACUUUGAAGCCUGUGAGUCUACAGAUAUAGCUCGCUUUAUAAAGAAGGUGAUGGCUAAACACCAGAAAUUACUGUAACUCAAUUCUGGAUAUUAAAUACAUGAAGAAACCAGAUCUGACAUUCACCUCUUCUGAUGAUGUGAUGUUUUGUUUAUACAGGAAUUUGACAGGGCGUAUGGAACUGGAUGGCAAUGUGUUGUGGGGAGAGACUUUGGUUCAUUUGUGACGCACUGCCAGUGCCAUGGCCGCUUCAUCCACUUUUUGCAUUGGCAGUCUAACCAUCUUGCUCUUCAGGGUUGCAGUAGUAAAUCAAGCAGACAAAGCAUGAUUGUUCCUGGAUAUGGAAAGUGUAAAUGCUUGCUUAGGCUAGCUUUCAUAUUGUUUGCUUCUCUGUUCUCCUCUAGUUGCCUAAACAAGAAAAGAAACUUGGCAGU